ACAAAAGUUCGCAGAAGCGCAGGAACAAAAUGAUAGCCGACUUCAAUAUUAUCACCUGAACUAAUAAAACAAAAACAUGUGUUGAAUAAAUGAAUAGCCGAGAAAGAUACAUACACAGACCAGCUACAAACGCAAACAUACGUUUAUUUAUAUUGCAUGUUUUGAAACAAUAUAAUAGCACAAAAUACGUAUAAAAUAACCUAGCAAGCCCAUCUCAACGUCAUAAUCAUCAUAGCAUGCAAAGAACGCCCUAAACACAAUGGUACAAACAGUCCUAGUAACCGGAGCCAGUGGCUUCAUCGCCCUGCAUAUUGUCGAGAAGCUGCUGAAGGAAGGCAACUUCAAGAUACGCGGCACCGUCAGAGACGUCAACAAUAAGGAGAAAUGCAAGCCCAUCUAUGAUCUCGUAAAGGAUCCAAAGUACCCCAUCGAGCUUGUACACGCCGACCUGGGAGAAGAUAAAGGAUGGAAGGAGGCCGUAGAAGGAGUGGAUCUGGUACUGCACACAGCAUCUCCCUUCUUCUUUGCCGAUCCCGAGAAGAGUGAGGAAGAGCUUAUCAGACCUGCUGUAGAUGGUACUAAACGAGUGAUGGAGGCUUGUGCUGCAGAGGGAUCGAAGGUGCAACGCUGCAUCGUCACGUCCUCUCUUGCGUCGAUUAUGGGCUGUGAGAAGCCCGAGGGCCAUAUCUUCACCGAGAAAGACUGGAGUGAUCCAGAACAAUGUGAUGGCUACCGAUUGAGUAAAACACUUGCCGAGAAGACCGCAUGGGAUUUCGUGAAAUCCAACAAAGGUCAUACUUUCGAGCUGGCGACUAUCAAUCCAUCAAUGGUGAUUGGUCCCGUCCGUGGCCGCCCAGGCACCUCAGUAAACAUGGUCAAGGCUAUGAUGAAAGGUGAAAAGCCUCAGAUGGUCGGCAUUGGCUUUGUAGAUGUGCGGGAGGUAGCCGAGGCUCACGUCAAGGCGCUGACAAUGCCUGAGGCCGUGGGUGAGCGAUUCAUGUUGUCGGCUGAUAACUUGCUAAUGAAGGACGCCGCCGAGUGGAUCAAGGAAGUGUACGAGUCGAAGGGGUAUGGACCGUUCGACUAUAUCAACGAGAUGGAAGGCGACCGCAAGAAGAUUCCUAAGUUGGCAGACGGUUCCAAGGUCACUACAGUGAUGGAUGUUAAAUACCAUGAUCUGAAGCAGAGUGUGUUAGACACCUGCGAAUCUCUCAUACAAAACGGGCUGGUCAAGCCUGAAUAAAUAAACGUAUAACUGUACUUGAAAAUAUACAUUAUUAUACAUACAAUUCCACGUGUUUCAUUUACAAUUAACGUGAUGGGCGGUGUAUGGAACAUUGUUAAUCCCACGCUUCGAUACUUAACACAAAUCUGAUAUUUUAAAAAUGAACUAUAGAUACAUAAUAUAUAUUUGAUUAUAUAUAUAUAUUAAAGCAUGAAUAAAUAUAUAUAUAUAUAUAUAUAUAUA